AGGUAGUUCAUCAAUCUUCACACAGAUAGGACAUCACCUGAGAAAAGCACAAUGGACAAACCCACCAAAACCAAAAAAGGUGUAUUCGCUGGCAUUAAACUGAAGAAAAAGAAAAAGGAGAAAGGUUUAAUCAUAGCAAACAAAGGUGCACUGGGUAAGGCCUUGAAAAUAAAUAUCACAUGCAUUAGUCAAGGUGAUCUUGAUGAUUCUGAUGAUAUGCUGGAUGGUUCUGAAAUCACUGGUCAAGAUGCCUAUGACAAUUAUGAGGAUGAAAUUUUAUUGAAUAAAAAGAGUAGCAAAAGAUCAAAACCAGUUUCCAGAAUACAUCCCACUGAUAGCAAGACCCAUCAUUUUCAGAUUGCGAUAACCAUCACUGAAGCUCGCCAGUUGGUUGGGGAAAAUAUUGACCCCACAGUAAUAAUUGAGGUUGGUGAUGAAAAGAAGCAGACAACAGUUAAAGAGGGAACAAAUUCACCCUUUUACAAUGAGUACUUUGUGUUUGAUUAUAUCGGCCCACCGGAGAUAAUGUUUGACAGAAUUAUUAAACUUUCAGUCUUGCAUUCCAAGUUGAUCCGUGGGACACUAAUUGGAUCCUUUCAAUUGGAUGUGGGAACAGUUUACAAUGAAACAGGCCAUCAAUUCUGCGACAAGUGGGCAGCCCUGACUGAUCCCAGUGAUAUCAGGACUGGGGUGAAAGGUUACCUGAAAUGUGAUAUUUCAGUUGCUGGGAAAGGAGACAAUGUCCGACCUGCUCAGAAAAACAACGAAACCGUCGAUGAAGAGAUUGAAAAGAAUUUGCUGCUUCCAGUUGGAUUUCCUACAGAGAGACCUUGGGCCAGGUUUUUUGUCAAGAUUUACCAAGCCCAGGGACUUCCAAAGAUGAACUCCAGCCUCAUGGCGAAUGUUACCAAAGCCUUCAUGGGGGACAAUAAAGACCUUGUGGACCCCUAUGUUAUUGUCACCUUUUCUGGACAGCAGGGGCGAACAUCUGUGCAGAAAAGCUGUGCUGAACCCGUGUGGAAUGAACAGAUUAUCUUCAAAGAAAUGUUUCCACCACUCUGCCGGAGAGUCAAGCUCCAGGUCUGGGAUGAAGGGAAUGUUAAUGAUGUUGCCAUAGGAACGCAUUACAUUGACCUAAAGAAAAUAUCAAAUGAACAGGAUGGAGAUAAAGGAUUUUUGCCAACAUUUGGACCAGCAUGGAUCAAUUUAUAUGGUUCAACCCGCAACUACAGUCUGAUGGAUGAUAACCAGGAGCUCAACGAAGGGUUUGGAGAAGGAGUGUCAUUCAGGGGGCGUCUCCUGAUUGAGAUCACAGUGGAGAUUCUUUCAGCAGCUGCAGCUGAACCCAAACACUCAAAGAUAGCGAAAGAGUUGAAAAAUGCCCCUAAGGAGUCCAAGAGUGGUAAAAGAUCUGGGAAAGACAAUAAAACAUCCCCCACACCUGAGGAAUCCAAAUCUUCCACUCUUUCUGACAAGACAAACUCGACUGAAGUCGAAGUGGAAUCCAUGGAACCUUCUUCUUGGGUUGAUGAUGAAGAAAUGCAGGAUUUUCUUCUCUUUGGUGCAUUUUUUGAGGCAACAAUGAUUGACAGAAAAAUUGGGGACAGACCAAUCAGCUUUGAGGUUACUGUAGGGAAUUAUGGUAACUACCUUGAUAGAGGCUCUCAGGCAACUCUAACCAGACGAAGACCGGGAGAAGGUAACAAUAGAGAAAAUGUAGCUCUACUGAAUGCCAGUGAAUCGGACGAUGCAAGCAAUGUUCUUCCCUGCAAGUCCACCACCACACCUAGGAAACCAUUGAUAACCGAAGGCAACAGAAAUUACUACUACUUGUCGUAUAAUAACAAGAAACCUUGCAUUUAUGUCACGAGCCAAUGGGAGGACCAAAUCUUCAGGUUGCACUGCUCCAACUUCCUGGACAAAAUUGCCGAGAGACUUGAAGAAGGAUUGGAAGAGAUCAAAGAAUACAUUAAACUAUCAAAUCCCAAUAUACAGGAGAAGAUAAAGGAUGUCCUGAAGGAAUUUAUAGGCCGAUGCAGAAUUUUUGGCAUGUUUGCUAGGAAGAAAUUGAAGGAGACUAAUCGGACGACCCUUGACAAGAAGCGUCUCAGUACCUGCAGACUAGAACUGGAAUUAAUGUCCAAUGAAGCCAAGACACUUGUCCAGGAGAAGAAGAAAAUGACAGUGACAGAGAGGCUGCGUGAGAUUAAUGGCUACAUCCAAAAGCUGCAAUUCCUCAUUGAUGAGCCACAGCACACCAUCCCAGACAUAUUCAUUUGGAUGCUUAGCAGCAACAAGAGAAUGGCAUAUGCACGGUUGCCAGCUAAAGAUAUCCUGUACUCUGUGGUGGACGACGAGAAAGGAAAGGACUGCGGGAAAAUUAAGACUUUAUUUCUUAAAGUACCUGGAAAGCGUGUAAUGGGGUGGACAGUACAAGCAAAGGUGGAUGUUUACUUGUGGUUGGGUUUGACCAGACAUGCUCAGAACAUCUUGCAAAACUUGCCAAUUAGUUAUGAGCCAGAAAUUCCAAUGACGAGUACUGGGCACCAGAUUGCUCCACCGAUCAGCAUUCUUUACAAAGAUCAACAGAUGUUUCAGCUGAGAUCCCACAUGUAUCAGGCCAGAGGGCUUCUGGCUGCUGAUAGCAGUGGCCUUUCAGAUCCAUUUGCCAGAGUGACGUUCGUUUCACACUGCCAGACUACUAAGGUUAUCGAUCAGACUUUAUCUCCGACCUGGAACCAGAUGUUACUGUUCAAUAACAUCACCCUUCAUGGUGACGCAAAUGAGAUUAGUGAGGCUCCUCCACUUAUUGUCAUUGAAGUGUAUGAUGAAGAUGCUGUGGGUAAAGCAGAGUAUAUUGGCAGCACUGUGGCUGUUCCUGUAGUGAAGCUGGCUGAUCAUAAGUAUGCUCCACCUAUGCUUCAAUACUAUCCUAUUUACUGUGGUAGUGUACCUGGUGGGGAGCUCCUUGCAGCGUUUGAACUUCUGCAGAUUCCCGCAACAGGAGUUGAACAUCUUCCUCCGUUUGAUGAUCCUGAUGAAAACCAGCUGUUCCCAGUGCCAGCCAGCAUCCGUCCUAUACUGAGCAAAUAUAAAGUGGAGAUCUUAUUUUGGGGUCUCCGCGAGCUCAAACGAGUGCAGCUCCUCACCGUCGACCGGCCUCAAGUGUUUAUAGAGUGCGCAGGGAAAGGAGUCAAAUCGUGUGUCAUCCAGAGUUACAAGAAGAAUCCCAACUUCACAGUACAAGGAGACUGGUUUGAAGUGGAACUUCCUGAAAAUGAGCUCCUGCACCCUCCUCUUGGUAUCUCCGUUGUGGAUUGGAGAGCUUUUGGUCGCAGUACUCUCGUGGGAACGCACACCAUUAAUUCUUUGAAACAAUACUUAUACAAACCUACUAAUCGUCCUCGACCGGCAGUGAUAGAGGCAGAGGGCGAGAAUGGUGCCAUUUUCGCUGCACCAUCAGAAAUAGAAACACAAGUUGCUGAAAUCUCUGUAAAUAUUGAAUCUGAGACUCUAUCUGAACCACCAAAGAUCACCGCUAAAUCAAGUGCAAAGAAAAGGAAGCUGUCACGAAAGUACACCACGAGGAGGAGAAAAUCUGGCAUUGAUGAUGGUGAAAACGUUGUGGACUGGUGGUCAAAAUACUACUCGUCCAUGGAGAAAGCUCAGAAGACAAUUUUGAAAGAAAGAAGCCAGGAUCUACAAGAUGAUGAAUUUGAAAAUAAACAGGAGACGAAGGAUACACUUAUCAUCAAUGUGAAUGGUGAAGACGGCGAGAAGAAAAAGGAUAAAAUUGUCAGAAAGAAAUCCAAUGUGGUGAAAUCUAGUUUAACAACUCUAGAGAUCUAUGACAAAGAAUUGGAAGCAGAAUUUGAUGACUUCAGUGACUGGGUGCAAACAUUUGAUCUCUUUCGCGGUAAAGCAGGUGAAGAUGACAGCAGUCUAGAUGAUGAAAGAGUUAUUGGAAAGUUUAAGGGUUCAUUCUGUGUGUAUAAAUGUUGUGACGAUGAUGUGAAUGUCACAGAUGGACAAUGCAACCUUCUCCUUGGAUGUCCACCAAACAUCUCUGUCAAAGUAUUGAUCAGAGUCUAUGUUGUAGCAGCUAUGAAUCUAUACCCAGCUGAUCCUGAUGGCAAGGCUGACCCUUACAUAGUGCUCCAGCUGGGAAAGACUGAAAUCAAGGACCGAGACAAUUACAUCCCCAAAGAGCUUAACCCAGUAUUUGGAAGGACCUUUGAGAUUGAAGCUAAUUUCCCCGCAGAGUCUCUGCUCACAUUAACAAUCUAUGACUUUGAUUUGAUCGGAACAGAUGAUCUGAUAGGACAAACUAAGAUUGAUCUGGAAAACCGCUUUUACAGUAAAUACCGAGCUACCUGCGGCCUACCGAACCAAUACGACAUAGAGGGCUAUAAUGUGUGGCGUGACGCAGUGAAACCCACUGAGAUACUUAUCAAACUAUGCAAAGAAAAUGGUUUGCAGGGACCUCACUUCAGAACAGGAGAGAUUGAGGUGGAAGGCAUGGUCUUCGGAGGCAAAACAAUGUUUUUGGAGGAUGAUGAAGAGGUGGAAUCACAUGAACACCUGGCUCUUAAGGUGCUAAAUUAUUGGUCAGCGAUCCCCGGCGCUGGAUAUAAACUGGUCCCCGAACACAUUGAAACACGGCCUCUGUAUCACAAAGAGAAGCCAGGCAUCGAACAGGGCCGAGUUCAGAUGUGGGUGGACAUGUUUCCUAUGGAUAUGCCUCCUCCCGGACCGCCUAUUGAUAUAUCGCCACGCAAGCCUAAAGGCUACGAGCUGAGAAUAACUAUCUGGAACACAGAAGAUGUCAUAUUAGAAGAUGAGAAUUUCAUCACAGGACAGAAAUCAAGCGACAUCUACAUCAAAGGAUGGCUUAGAGGGAAAGAAGAAGAUAAGCAAGAAACAGACGUGCAUUACAACUCCUUGACCGGGGAGGGAAACUUCAACUGGCGAUUUGUUUUUCCAUUCAACUACAUCCCUGCAGAGAAACAGAUGGUCAUAAAGAAAAGGGAAUCCAUUUUCUCCUUGGACAAAACUGAACGCAAGAUUCCCGCAGUGCUUGUGCUUCAAGUCUGGGACUUUGAGAGGCUUUCAUCUAAUGAUUUCUUAGGAUCCGUGGAACUCAAUCUGAAUGGAUUUCCUUGUGGGGCAAAAUCAGCUAAGAAAUGCGACUUAGACAUGCUGGAAGAGAAUUCAAAGGCUAAACUUAUCUCGAUAUUUCAGCAAAAACGUCUCAAAGGCUGGUGGCCUUUGGAAAAGAUGGAUGAACUUACUGGCAAGGUGGAAGCUGAAUUCCAUUUACUUACUGAAGAAGAGGCUGAGAAGAACCCAGUAGGCCGGGGACGCAAAGAGCCAGAACCACUGGAAAAACCCAACCGUCCGGAUACCUCCUUCUCUUGGUUCAUGAACCCCUUCAAGUGUGUUUACUAUCUGAUCUGGAGAAACUACAAGAAGUACAUCAUCACUGGACUAAUUUUGCUAAUCCUCACACUGUUUAUUGCUUUGCUAAUCUACACAUUGCCUAGUGCCAUAAGUACCAGGAUUCUGAAUGGAUGAAUUGAGAUCUUUGUUACCUAAAAAUGAAGAACCUUUCUGAACCUAUGUUCAUAUUUAAAAAAACUGUCUUAACAACAACUACAUUUCAGUGUUCACUUUCCUAUGUUUAUGGCAAAUAACCAUUGGUUUAUGUUCAGAACGAGCGACAAAGUAUUCAUUUGUUAGAAAUAUCAGAACAUCAAAAAAAAUCCAUUGCUCCUGUUCCGCUAAAUCUGUUCCACUGUUCUAUCAGAUCACAGAGCGCUCAAUCCCAUUCCCCAGCCUUUUCUCCAUGUCCUCAUACCUCCCAAGUGCUCCGGGACACUACCCCGUGUGAAGUGCACUAUAUAAAUGCAAGUUGUUGUUGUAACUAUCUUUCAAACAUCUCAAUUGAUUCUGCCUUUGUGCAUUCUAGGACUGUUGAUUCCACAUUUGCGUGAAGUUCUGUUUUCUGAUCACCCUUUUAACUAUUUCAGCUCUAAUUUUAAGAUUAUGCCCCCCUUGUUUUAGAUCCCUCUCCCAAAAGGGAAGAGUUGUCCAUUCUCUGGUUUGUCAAUUACCUUAAUUAUUGUAAACAUGUUGUUAGGUGGUCCUGGCUUUCUCAGGUAAAAUGUCAUCUGUGAAAUGUCAUUUAUUUGCUAAAUUAUGCAAUAUGAACUCAGAUUAAUGCACUGGUGUGAAAUAUAAGAGCAGAGAUUUACCAAGUUAAAAUAUAUUGUUUCCACAUUAGUUCUAGUUUGAGAAUUCACGUUAACCAGCUAUCUGUUGUCAUCGCACGUUAUGACACUUAUAUCAUUACUAUACUAUACUAUACUACUAAAUCAUGAGUGUUUUGGAUUUUCUUCAGGUGUCAGGUAAUAAAAAUGGGCUCAAGUCUUGCAAUCCCAAACACUUAUAAACAUCAACCGGGUGGGGGGGGGGUGGCAUUUCAGAUACUGGAGGAGAAGUUGUUAGAGGAGACUUUGGGACAAAUAAGGAUGGAACCAAUGAAGUAUGUAGCCACAGAUGUGGGUUAGAGAGGAGAGACAAUGUUGGUGAAUGGAAUGAUCAAUAGUACCAAAAGAGGCAUAGAGGUUAAGGAGGCUCAGUGAGGCAAAGUUGCAAACCAGCAGGAUGUAGUGUGUAACUUUGACCAGGGUUGUCUCAAUGCUGUAGUUUGGAAACCAAACUGGAAAGUCUCUAUAACAAAAUCCAUCUGUUGCGUUUUCAAAGUCCAUAUCAGUGUGUAGAGGAUAUGUUCCCAAGGCAGCCACAUCCUCCGCACACUCAGAAGUUCCUUUAUGUAAUAUAAAUCCAUUUUAUGCUGCCAAGUAGUCACCAGCUUAUCUCAUUUCAAAACUGCCGCGUCUAAAAAAAGGAUAAUUAAAUAAGUAUAAUAGUGUGUUUUAUUGUUAGAGGAGGUCUUAACCAUAUAUAAUGUUGAUGUCAUCAGGUAGAAGAAAUGUCUAAUUAAGUGGCCAAUGAGUGUCAAAUGUGAAAGUAACAAUGAUGUGGAAAAUGUGCCAUUCUGACUAUAAUUUAGAAGUUUCAAUACGAAUCAGUUUGAGUUGAACUUUGUCUUUUGAAGACACAGUGGUGCACUCAGAACAAAAGGGCUAUUUAUUCAACUAUAACAUAACAGGUGUAAUUAGCUCAGAAUUGCAU